GUCAAUUUUUCUGUAUUUAAAAUUGUUUUAUUUUCCGAUUUUUUGUUUUUGAAAAAAAUACAAAUAUAUCAAAGGGAAAAUUAGGCGGCAGACAAACCAGAGGUCCGAAUACGGACCCUCGUAUAGUAUCUUCCCGCGUUAAUUCGCCGGUCUCUCCCUCUCUCCCGACUUAAUAGGAACCAAAUCGGAAAAUUCCAGAAUCGGCCAAAGGUUCCGACGCACCGCCUUAUCACGCUAGAUAGUAAUUUCGCAUUGUAGACGUUACAUAUUUUUCUCUCGUCCGCGAAGAUGACGAAGCAGCCAAACGGCGGUGGCGGGGAAGAGAACGCGACGGCUUCGGAGCAGAAGAUUAGCUCCGAUAUGAAUCCCGAUCAAGGUGCGAAACCGGAUCCGAAACGUGUGCAACAGGACAAUACUAUUACUAUGGCCUCUGUAAAUGAGAAUCAAAUAGGUAAUAACGAAAAUGAAGGUAUCAAAUCGGUGGACAGUUUGAAUAAAUCGAAGAAAUCGGUGCACUGGAGCGAGGAAUUGGUGACUGAGUCGUCGGUGCAGAGAACAACCGGCAACCGGGGAUCGAAUCCUUACUUAGCUCAUUCUCCCGCUCCGGCGAACAAUUCCGGUUCCUUCAAUGUCAAAAAUAAAAUGGAAGGUGUUAAAGAUGUACUUGGUAGAUGGGGAAAGAAGGUUGGUGAAGCAACAAAGAAGGCUGAGGAUAUUGCUGGCAAUACAUGGCAACAUUUGAAAACAAGCCCUAGUAUUGCUGAUGCUGCCUUAGGAAGAAUUGCUCAGGGAACAAAGGUUCUGGCUGAAGGUGGUUAUGACAAGAUAUUCCGCCAAACAUUUGAGGCAGAUCCUGAAGAGCAACUUCGGAAUUCAUAUGCUUGUUAUUUAUCAACAUCAGCUGGUCCAGUAAUGGGAGUGUUAUAUUUAUCUACUGCAAAACUUGCAUUUUGUAGUGAUAACCCCCUCCCCUACACAACCGAAAACAAGACUGAAUGGAGCUAUUACAAGGUAAUUAUCCCAUUGCAUCAGCUUAAAGCAAUUUAUCCUUCAUCGAGCAGAACCAAUUCAUUAGAAAAGUACAUCCAAGUUAUAUCUGUUGACAACCAUGAAUUUUGGUUUAUGGGAUUUCUUAAUUACACUGGUGCAGUAAAGUGCCUGCAAGACGCGCUACAAGCACACACAUUGCAAGUCGUGUGAGUCGUGUUUUAUGAGAUGAUGGCGUGUUGCGCGAUACCAAAAAUGUCAUCUGGUUGCCAUUGAAGAUUCUGAAGGUUUAUGUAUACCUACUCAGAUUUCUUGGCAACUAACGGAUUAUCUUUCUGGUUGUGUUGUCGUGCAUUGGUGAACUUAAGUUAGUAGUUAAACAAUGCAUACAGAAUCUGAGGCACUUAUAUUUAUAUACAUCUUUUAUCAUAUUAA